UGUAUCAGACUGAGACUGGAGGAAGCAGCGAGCGACUCGACUGGUCGGCAAACCAGCUCUGCCCCGGGAAAUACUGAAAAAUCCGACUGCUAGCCACAUAAACCGCAGGGAUGGCAGCCAUCCGUAAGAAGUUGGUGAUAGUGGGUGAUGGAGCUUGUGGGAAGACCUGCCUUCUGAUUGUCUUUAGCAAGGACCAGUUCCCUGAGGUCUACGUCCCCACCGUGUUCGAGAACUAUGUUGCUGACAUUGAGGUGGAUGGCAAACAGGUGGAGUUGGCUCUCUGGGACACAGCGGGUCAGGAGGACUAUGACAGGCUGAGACCUCUCUCCUAUCCAGACACUGAUGUCAUUCUCAUGUGCUUCUCCAUAGACAGUCCUGACAGCUUGGAAAACAUUCCGGAGAAGUGGACCCCAGAAGUCAAACACUUCUGUCCCAACGUUCCCAUCAUCCUGGUAGGAAACAAGAAAGACCUGCGUAACGACGAACACACACGUCGAGAGCUGGCCAAGAUGAAGCAGGAGCCAGUGAAGUCAGAGGAGGGCCGGGACAUGGCCGGACGAAUUGCAGCAUUUGGGUACAUGGAGUGCUCUGCUAAGACCAAGGACGGUGUGCGGGAGGUGUUUGAGAUGGCCACCAGGGCGGCACUGCAGGCCCGCCGCGGAAAGAAGAGCAAUAAAUGUGUACUGCUGUAAAAUGGCCGACAUACUUGGACUGUUUUCAUCCUGGGCUACUGUACAUGGGGCUAGGGCUCGGGAGGGACUGAGGGAUUACUAGAUGGGAGAGGGAGGGAGGGGAGGAAAAGCAGUAAACUACUACCGCUGUAAAAUGGCUAUUUGUUGGACUGAAUUUACCAUGGGACUUGGGUUUUGGGGAAGCUUUGAUUGACCGGGUUGGGUGGGUGGAUGGAUGGAUGAGGGACGAGGGAGCGCAGUAAAUGACUACUGCUGUAAACCACUGGGCUCUUUACCUGUGGGUUUACCAUCAAGGUGGGAAAUUUACACCACCCUUGUCAAGUGUCACAAGCCACUUACACUGAUAAAGAACAUUAGGAGAUCUGGUCCUUUCUAAAAAUCUAGCUGACUGGUAAAACUGGUGAAAGUGCUGGUGAAUUAUAGGACGUUACAGUGACUGUGUUCAGUGUGGACAACAAAAAAGGUUUAGGUGACUUGCCAGAUGGAGGGGGACUAACGGAGAGCACAGUAAAUGAGUACCACUGUAAACGGCCACCAGUGGAUUAUUUAUCCCCCAGGUGUUGAUACCUGCAAUUAGGGCUAGAGCAGUGUGGAUUUGGACAGAUGAAGGGAUGGGAAGAAUGAAGCACAGUAUGUGGGUGUGACCAUGAUGAGACUGUAUACACCAAACCAGGGCAAAAAUGGCAGUUUUCAUAGAUUUGUACAUUCAGCUUUCUUGUUAUAGGAUGUAGUUACCUGGACAUGUUAUUUCAGCAGCUCCAGAAGUAGACAAAUCACCAGUAAACUGUAUGAAUCAAGCACUCCUCAAAAUGGUGCAUUAAACAGGUUUGAGGUUGAAUAGCUUGCAGUUCAGUUCGAGAACAAAGAAAAAGAUAUUUCUCCUGUAAAUUUGGGCAUUUAGAAAAGUUUGUCUAGAGAAGGUUGUUGUAUAAACGAUAUUAAAGUGGUUAAGUGGU